CUAGGGGCGAGGCCCCUAGCCCGCCCGGGAGCAAACGGAGUCCGGCGAAGUGGCUGCGCUAGGAGCUAAGUCUUUUCCCGGACCGCAGCGCUGAACGUGGCGAGAAAGCUUGUCAGAAUCAAGGCGCCAGCGGCCAGGACGGGGCUGAGGCGUCUGCGGCCGGCCUGGGGAAGAGCGGGCCCCACGGAAAAGUGGGGGCAGAAGUUGGGAGGUGAAAGUUGGGAGGCUCACUCGUGGCUUACACGCAGGAUUGGAUCUCCAUUUCUUCUGAGAGCGGAGCAGCUGCCCCAUCAGCUUUACGGGACCGGACGAGGCGUCUGUGCCUUAAGACUGCCGGAGUUCUCAGCACCUGUCCAGCGCUCCAGGCGAGGCCGUGGCCAUGGUGAAUGAAGAUCCCAACCUGGAGGAGCGGGACGGCACCCCUGGACAGGAGGCAGCGUUCCGGGCGGACCCCAGCCUUUCUGCCCACCCCAGCGUCUCAGCCCACCCCAGCGUCUCCACCGAGCCCAGCGUCUCAGCCCAUCCCAGCGUCUCCUUCCACCCCAGCUUCUCUGCGAACCCCAGCAGUUCAGCCUUCCCCAGUACCUUGGCUCCUGGUGUCCUGGCCCAACCCAGUAGCUCGGGUCCCGAGGAACUCAGCACGAUUAAGGUGAGCAAGCGCCGCUGGGUGGUGGUCCUGGUGUUCAGCUGUUACUCCAUGUGCAACGCCUUCCAGUGGAUCCAGUAUGGCUCCAUCAAUAACAUCUUCAUGAACUUUUACGGCGUCAGUGCCUUUGCCAUCGACUGGCUGUCCAUGUGCUACAUGCUGACCUACAUCCCUUUACUGCUGCCCGUGGCCUGGCUGCUGGAAAAAUUCGGCCUGCGCACCAUCGCCCUGACGGGCUCCGCUCUCAACUGCCUGGGGGCCUGGGUGAAGUUAGGGAGCCUGAAGCCACAUCUCUUCCCCGUGACGGUGCUGGGCCAGGUCAUCUGCUCCGUGGCCCAGGUCUUCAUCCUGGGCAUGCCGUCCCGCAUCGCUUCGGUCUGGUUCGGGGCGAAUGAAGUCUCCACGGCCUGCUCCAUAGCUGUCUUUGGCAAUCAGCUCGGAAUCGCAGCCGGGUUCUUGGUCCCUCCCGUUUUGGUACCCAACAUCAAAGACCAGGACAAGCUUGCCUACCACAUCAGCAUCAUGUUCUACAUAAUAGCAGGUGUCGCCACUCUGCUUUUCAUCCUUGUCAUUAUUGUAUUCAAGGAGAAGCCUAAACAUCCCCCCAGCAGGGCCCAAUCCCUGAGCUAUUCCUUGGCAACCACCGAUGCUUCGUACUUAAGUUCCGUCAUCCGGCUCUUCAAAAACCUCAACUUCGUGCUGCUUAUCAUCACCUAUGGUCUGAAUACCGGGGCUUUUUAUGCCUUGUCCACUCUGCUGAACCGCAUGGUGAUCUUGCACUAUCCGGGGGAAGAGGUGAACGCCGGAAGAAUAGGCCUGACCAUUGUCAUUGCAGGAAUGCUCGGGGCUAUGAUCUCAGGCAUCUGGCUGGAUAGGUCCAAAACCUACAAGGAGACAACGCUGGCGGUCUAUGUCAUGACUCUGGUGGGCAUGGUGGUGUACACAAUGACCUUGAGCCUGGGGCACCUGUGGGUAGUGUUCGUCACCGCCGGUACACUGGGGUUCUUUAUGACUGGCUACCUGCCACUGGGAUUUGAGUUUGCCGUGGAGCUGACCUAUCCAGAAUCAGAAGGCAUAUCAUCUGGCCUCCUCAACAUGUCUGCCCAGGUAUUUGGGAUCAUCUUCACCAUCUCCCAGGGCCAGAUUAUCGACAACUACGGAACCAUGCCCGGGAACAUCUUUCUGUGUGUGUUCCUCACCCUUGGAGCAGCCCUCACUGCAUUCAUCAAGGCUGAUCUCCGGAGGCAAAAAGCAAACAAAGAAACUCCUGAGAAUGUGGUUCCAGGAUUUCACUGUUGCAACCAGGUCCUUGUGCAUGUGGGCCAAGUUGGUUACGCAAGCCUGGGGUUGUCAGCUCAGCCCCCUUCUUUUUGGAGCUUUGGGAAUGGCACUGACUAGGAAUAGGAGGCAAGUCCUGGGGUGGUUCUCCACUGUCCAUGUCCCUGGAUACGUUGCUGUGCAUCUCCGGCCUCACAUGCGUCUGGGGCAGCUUGCUGUUAUGGGCAGGUCAGAGUCAGGCUGGGCUUGCCCCCGCUCCAGGCAGCCGGGGCUGUCUCAGAGCUUCCCUUCUCUGGAGCCUGCCUUGGCAGUCAGUGUGCGUGAGCCCUGCACAUUAGGGUCACUGUCAGAGCCAGGUAAAGCCAGGCACACAGCAGGUCUGGCCAGCACUGCUCUUUCUAUUAAGGGAGGAGUAUGGUUUCAGUAAAAAGAUACAGAAUCUAUGGGCUGGGGUAAUGACCAACCUUGACUAUGAAAGUCUUGGUUUGGGUUUCCAGGGUUUUCCAGUUGGAAGGGUGGUUAUGCUUCCAUCCCCACUAAUCUGUGUUUCUGGCUGAUUUCAGGGCAUUGGCUCUGAAGGAGGCAAGUGUGUGCACAUGGUGUGUGCAGGUGUGCACACAUGUGGGUGUGUACAUGUGCGUACGUGUGCCAGAGAGAGAGACUGCCUGAUUGACUUGCGUUGCCUAAUCAAAGGCUCACCGUGACUGAGGCUGACCUGGGGCCAAAGAGUUAGCCAGGCUGAGAAUGGGAAGGCUGGAUUUCCACAGUUGUCAUUGCCCCAGACUGGCCCUGAGACACUCUGGGGAAGCACUGCUGACACAGGCUCUAGCUCGACCCUGCACAUACUCCUCCAGCCGAGGGGUGCUGGCUAUGCAGGGCUGUGUGGUGCCCAAAGCCUUCUCCCUAACUACAGGAGCCCUUGAGCUAAGAAGCAGAGUGCUCCUUAAAAAGCGAAUGCCCAAGGUGGCUGUGUGCACCUGGUCUCCCCGCAUGAUAGCUUUCAGGCCAUGUUUAAUUCCAAACCCCCCUAACAAGUGUGACCCAGAAGACUUGUCUAAUCCUGUGCCAUCUCUGCCCGAGAAAGCCCAGGCCAAACUGUCCCCAAGUCUCUUUUUCUGUGCAUUAAGUAUAUAUAUAUUUAGUCACUGAGUUUAUAUAUGCAAUUAUGCAUCCUGCUUUUUGUUGCAUCCAUUCCAUGCACAUCAUACUACUAUUCCUUAUCCUGGGGGCUGCCUCCAAAUGGGGGUACUUGGGAAUUCAGAGGGAGCUGCAGACAUGGCACCUGGACAGCUACUUGAUGGUCAGUGUAGGUGACCUGUAGGCUGU